UGCCAGUCAGUGCCGCCUAUCCGUGCCAGUCAGUGCCGCCUAUCAGUGCCAGUCAGUGCCGCCUAUCAGUGCCUGUCAGUGCCGCCUAUCAGUGCCAUGCCUGUCAGUGCCGUCUAUCAGUGCCAGUCAGUAAAGCCUGUCAAUGCCCAUCAGUGCCACCUACCAGUGCCUCCUCAUCAGUGCCCAUCAGUGCCACCUAUCAGUGUCCAUCAGUGCAGCCUAUCAGUGCCCAUCACUGCAGCCUCAUUAGAGCAUAUCAGUGAAGGUGAAAAAUCACUUUACAAAUUUUUUUUA